UUCCUCCCAGAGUGACUUGCCCUCUGUGUACUUUGAGUUUUACCUCUUCCCUCAUCUCACAAACGUUGGAAUCAAGCAAGAUUGUCUCUGGCAGCUCUGAAGUUCUUUAUCACACUAUCCCUGUAUCAAUUACAUGAGGAACACAGAAUCAUAGUUGGGGAUAAACUGUAUUUUAAAAUUCUUGCAGUCAUACAAAGAAGUUUGGCCCUAACAACAAGCUGCCCGGGGCAUGACCGAAACCUUGGAUAAUUCUGAACCCUAUGUGAACUGUUUUUUCCUAUACACAGAUACCUAUAAUAAACUUUAAUUUAUAGGUUAGGCAUUAUAAAAGUUUAAAAGCAAUCAUUAGUAAAAUAGAAGUUAGGGCUUGCGCUGGAAGAAGCGGAAUAAGAUGGCGCUCACCAGCUUUUUACCUGCGCCUACUCAGCUAUCUCAGGACCAACUUGAAGCUGAAGAAAGAGCAAGAUCUCAGAGAUCACGGCAGACCUCACUGGUCUCCUCUCGAAGGGAGCCUCCCCCAUAUGGAUACAGGAAAAGUUUGAUUCCACGCUUGUUAGAGGAUUUUGGAGAUGGAGGUUCUUUCCCAGAAAUCCACGUGGCCCAAUAUCCACUGGAUAUGGGACGAAAGAAAAAAAUGUCGAAUGCACUGGCCAUUCAGGUGGAUCCUGAAGGGAAAAUUAAAUAUGAUGCAAUUGCUCGACAAGGACAGUCCAAAGACAAGGUCAUUUACAGCAAAUACACUGACCUGGUUCCAAAAGAGGUUAUGAACGCAGAUGAUCCAGACCUGCAAAGGCCGGACGAAGAGGCCAUCAAAGAGAUAACAGAAAAGACAAGAGUAGCCUUGGAGAAGUCCGUAUCGCAGAAAGUGGCUGCAGCCAUGCCCGUUCGGGCAGCUGACAAGCUGGCGCCUGCUCAGUAUAUCCGCUAUACCCCAUCUCAGCAAGGAGUAGCAUUCAACUCUGGAGCUAAACAAAGGGUUAUCCGGAUGGUAGAAAUGCAGAAAGACCCAAUGGAGCCUCCAAGAUUCAAGAUUAAUAAGAAAAUUCCCCGGGGCCCGCCAUCUCCUCCUGCACCUGUAAUGCAUUCUCCUAGUCAGAAGAUGACUGUAAAAGAACAACAAGAGUGGAAGAUCCCCCCUUGUAUUUCCAAUUGGAAGAACGCUAAGGGCUACACAAUUCCAUUAGAUAAACGGCUGGCUGCUGAUGGAAGAGGACUUCAGACGGUCCACAUCAAUGAAAAUUUUGCCAAGCUGGCUGAAGCACUGUACAUUGCUGAUCGGAAGGCUCGUGAAGCUGUGGAGAUGCGAGCCCAGGUGGAGAGAAAGAUGGCUCAAAAAGAAAAGGAGAAACAUGAAGAGAAACUUAGAGAAAUGGCCCAGAAAGCCAGAGAGAGGAGAGCUGGCAUAAAAACCCACGUGGAAAAAGAGGAUGGAGAGGCACGAGAAAGAGAUGAAAUCCGUCAUGACAGGCGAAAAGAGAGACAGCAUGACCGGAACCUUUCCAGGGCAGCUCCUGAUAAGAGGUCAAAACUACAGAGAAAUGAGAAUCGAGAUAUCAGUGAAGUCAUUGCUCUUGGUGUGCCCAAUCCUCGAACUUCCAAUGAAGUUCAGUAUGACCAAAGGCUCUUCUACCAAUCCAAGGGUAUGGACAGUGGAUUUGCAGGUGGAGAAGAUGAAACUUACAAUGUCUAUGAUCAGGCCUGGAGAGGUGGUAAAGAUAUGGCUCAGAGUAUCUACAGGCCCAGUAAAAAUCUAGACAAGGAUAUGUAUGGUGAUGACCUCGAAACCAGGAUAAAGACCAACAGGUUUGUUCCUGAUAAGGAGUUUUCUGGUUCAGACCGUAGACAGAGAGGCCGAGAAGGACCAGUUCAGUUUGAGGAAGAUCCUUUUGGUUUGGACAAGUUUUUGGAAGAAGCAAAACAGCAUGGUGGUUCUAAAAGACCUUCUGAUAGCAGUCGCCCCAAGGAACAUGAGCAUGAAGACAAGAAACGGAGGAAGGAAUAGAUAGGCAUCUCUUCAAAGCAAAUGAACUCUUACUCACAGCCCUAAUGAUGCAAGUCACUGGGAAACCCAUUGUAAAUGAUCAGGAUAAAAACCAAAUCUGGGUAAUAGAUCCCAGCACUACUUUUUAUUCCGGGAAACUGGGGGGUUGAAUAUUAUAUUUUGGAUUGGUUUAUUUAAAGAAUGGGUUAUGUUUGUGCUUCUCCCAUCUUGCAGCACUUAAAUACUGCCUCACACAGAAUUAAGACCGCUUCCUUGUGUGUGACACUUACUGUGCUACCAAAUACGUCUGCCCUGUUGUGCUGUCUUACCUUGCAGUGUGGGAAACUAAGGUCUUGCUCAGUGCAGCUUUUGUUUCAAAUAAAACCAUUUAGAGAAAAAACAAAACAAAACUAGAAGUUAGAACCCCGAAGUCGUUUUUUUCUUUUAAUGAAGAAGUAAUCAAAUAAAUUGUCAACAUGGGAUGGAGAUCGACAUCCUCCACCAAGGGUGGGAAGUUUAUGAACCCCACAGACCGAGCUCAAAAGGAAGCCCGGAAAAGAGAAUUGAAAAAGAACAAAAAAAAAAACAGCGCAUGAUGGUACGAGCCAUGGUUUUGAGGAUGAAAGAUCCCCUGCAGAUUAUCCGAGACAUGGAGAAAUUAGAGAAAAUGGAG